UAUUUAUAUUAUGAUGAUUAUAUGUUGACGAUAAAAGUUGAUGCGAAAUUUAUCGAACUUGAAAUAAUACAUCUCUAAGGUGGGAACAUCCUUAUUUUUAUAUUUACGUUAAUCCUCUUGGGAUUUAUUUAACUCUUAAUAAGUUGAUCUUAUUAAAGAAUAGUGAAAGCCAAGUGUGGAAUGUGUAAGUGAAAUCGUAGAACGAUAUAAAAAUGUGAAUGAUAGUUCAGAGUGAAGUUUAAACAUUGAAACCUUUUUUUAUUUACUAUCCAAUAAUUGAUAGGGAUUUAUGGAAUCGAUGUUUUCUCAUUUGUGAAUAAAUAAACAUUGAAGAACAAACAGUCUCGAAUGUAAUAAAAUCCAUAAAAAAAAAUGUCAUUGUACGUCGACAAAGUGUCGUAUUCGUCGAAAGAAGAGUAAUUAUAGAAAAAAGACAAUUGAAAAAACAUUGUGAGAGAACAAUACAAUCACAACAUAACAAAAAUGAGUUCUCAUCAUCGGUUAAAUCCACCUUCCGGUGAUAUAGAACAUAUUGGUUACCUUUCCGAAAAUAUUGGAGCUCUCUAUCUCUCAGAUGAUUAUUCAGAUAUAACUUUGAUUGUCGGUGGUCAAAGAUUCAAUGGUCACAAGAUCAUAUUAGCAGCUCGUAGUCAAUACUUUAGAGCUCUUCUCUUCGGAGGAUUGAAGGAAUCUACACAAUGUGAAAUUGAAUUAAAGGAUGCUAAUUCAACUGCUUUUAAAGUUUUACUUGAAUACAUAUAUACAGGACGUAUGUCUCUAACAGACAGACGUGAAGAGGUGGUUUUAGAUAUUCUUGGAUUAGCACAUCUUUAUGGGUUUUCAGAAUUGGAAACCUCUAUAUCAGAUUAUCUCAGAGAAAUAUUGAAUAUAAAAAAUAUCUGCCUCAUAUUUGAUGCAGCUUUACUUUAUCAACUAGAAUUUCUUACCAGGGUUUGUCAUGAGUACAUGGACAAACAUGCGUGCGAAGUGAUACAACAUGAGAACUUUUUACAAUUAAGCACUGGAGCUUUGAAUGAGCUAAUAUUGAGAGAUUCCUUCUAUGCACCAGAGGUUAAUAUCUUUCUGGCUGUACGAGCAUGGGUAAAUGCAAAUCCUGAUGCUGAUAGCAAAAGUGUUUUAGAUAAGGUACGAUUAAGCUUAGUUCCUAUUACGGAUCUUUUGAAUAUUGUUCGAGUGUCUGGGUUAGUUACUCCUGAAGCAAUCUUAGAUGCAAUAGCUGCAAAGACGCAAAUACGGGAUUCGGAUCUUAAUUACCGCGGUCGACUAUUUAUCGAUGAAAAUGUUGCUCAUCCUAUACAUGGUGCUCAAGUUCUACAAGGUGAAAUGCGCAGUCACCUUUUAGAUGGAGAUACAAACAAUUACGAUAUGGAAAGAGGGUAUACCAGACACACGAUCACGGAGUCUCAAGAACAUGGUAUUUUGAUCAAAUUGGGAACUCAGUGCAUUAUUAAUCACGUAAAGAUGUUACUCUGGGAUAAAGAUAUGCGAUCGUAUUCUUACUACUUAGAGGUGUCCAUGGAUCAAAAAGAUUGGGUACGAGUUAUCGAUCACACAGAAUACUUUUGUCGCAGUUGGCAGUACUUAUACUUUGAGCCAAGAGUAGUUCUUUAUAUUCGUAUUGUUGGCACGAAUAAUACUGUAAACAAGGUUUUCCAUGUCGUAAGUUUUGAAGCUUAUUAUACAAAUCACACGGAGAAACUUUGCAAUGGUUUUGUCGUUCCAUCACGGAAUAUUGCUACCAUGGAUCGUAGCGCCACCGUUACAGAAGGAGUUUGUAGAUCUCGAAAUGCUCUAUUAAAUGGCGACACAUCGAAUUAUGAUUGGGAUAGCGGAUACACAUGCCAUCAACUUGGUUCUGGUUCCAUUUUAGUACAACUUGGACAACCGUAUAUUAUAGAUUCCAUGCGGUUAUUACUUUGGGAUUGUGAUGAUCGUACAUACUCUUACUACAUAGAAGUGUCUGGUAAUUCUUGGAAUUGGGUUCUAGUUGCUGAUAAAACCAGAGAAGCUUGUCGUUCUUGGCAAACAAUACAUUUUUCACCACCUCGUCCCGUCGUUUUUAUACGUAUUGUUGGAACACAUAACACCGCGAAUGAGGUGUUUCACUGUGUUCAUUUUGAAUGUCCCGCUCAAACCAAUGAUAAAAUUGUAUCUAAAUCUCCAGUUCACAGAGGAAAACAAUCAAUACCCAAUGAUUCUGUGCUUUCAUUGGUAUCUCCGCCUCCAGAAACCGCUACAGAAGCAGUAAACAGUGAUCAGGAGGAAACAAAUUCUGGUUAUCACAAUGUUUUCUCAUAAUUGUUUUCAUUUUCUUAAUUUGUUUAGGACAAAUCAUUGCGAAAAUUCACUCGAUACUUUUACAAUUAUAUGUUAAGUACAAAACUUUUAUUUUCCAAUGUUAACUUUCUGUAUUAAAACCUUGCAUGUUUGUAUAAUAUUGGAUAAGUUAUGAUUGUAAAAAUAGCUGUAAGAUACAUUUUUCGAUUAAAGUACAUAUUUAAUUUGGUAAACCUGA